AAUAGAAAUUCUCUAAUGUUAAACUUCGUUUCUGAGUGAAGAUCACUAGAAGGAAAUCAUUCUAACAGAACGGACUUCGAGUCAUUGAUUGUAGAACGACUUUAUUAUUUUGAUAGUGCCUAAAAAUAUAAAAUAUUAAAUAAUAUUGAAAUGGCGUCCGAAGAUGCUACUGGUACUUCUACAAUUAAAUAUUAUACACGUGCCGAAGUUGCAAAAUAUAAUACAGCUACAAAUUCAUGGAUAAUUAUUCAUGAUAAAGUGUAUGAUGUGACAAAAUUUUUAAAACAGCAUCCUGGUGGUGAAGAAGUUAUUUUGGAACAUGCUGGACGAGAUGGAACAGAACCCUUUGAAGAUAUUGGUCAUUCUAGUGAUGCAAGAGAAAUGAUGGAACCAUAUAAAAUAGGAGAAUUAGUAGAAGAAGAAAGAACAAAAAGUGACGAUAAGAAAGAACGGGACUGGGCAAAUGGUGCUUCAAAUGGAGACAGUUCUAGUUGCUGCAUGGUCAUGUGAUGAUUGGCUAUUGCAGUGGUUCUUGGAGAUCCUGGCUGAUUCCUGUUGUACUUGGGGUGCUAGCAACUCUUAUCUACCGUUAUUUCAUCAGCGCACAUUGAAACAUUCCAUAAGAUUAUUAUCUUAUUUUAUAAACAUAUAUAUAUAUAUACAUAUAUAUAUACAUAACGUGUUAAGAAUUGAUUGUUGUGUAUAAUUCGGCGUGAACAAUCAUUCUAUGUUACACACUAUUGUAAUUAUUUUUUAUUGGAAGCUAUGAAAAGCUAAACAAUCAGAUGGUCUAGCAUUUAUAUCUAGAGAACAUCAGACAUAAUAUAUCUGUAUGUAUAUAUGUGUAUCAAUUAGUACAGUAUCUAUGAAGCCAAAAAUAAAUUAAUUUAAUUU